AUGCAUGAAAUUUUUCGUGAAGCUUUUAAAUGCCUUGGAAUUGAAGCUCUUCGACUCAUUGUUGGUCAUCGAAAUAGUCCUUCUACGCAACGUGAACUCAUAAGAAAGAGACCACAUCCAAAACAUCUUACGCUCAAAGGACAACAAAAACGUGAUCGCAAAGACACAUUGGAUAGGAAAUUCAACAUUGAAGGCAUUCCAUCUCUAAUCGUUCUUAAACCAUCAGGUGAUAUUCUCACUUCGUCUGGCGUUGAAGAAGUACAAGCAGUAUCGGACGAAGCUUUUCGAUUGUGGUCUGAAGGUAAAGCUCUCUUUUGGACACGUUCACCAGGUGAAGAUGAACAUGUCUGGGACGACAUUGCCUGUACUCGAUGUCAUAUGCGUCCAAUUGUCGGUACACGUUAUGGUUGUGCUCAUCAAGAUUGUGAUAUUGAUCUGUGCGAAGAUUGUCUUACAAAGUAUACACAUGAUCAUCCUAUUGAAAAGUAUCUCAUUCCUAAAAAAUCUUAUUCUUUGGAACACUUGUUUGUCUCAAUACCCUAUUUGCUUGCUCCGAAAAAGGGAGAAAAUAUUGAAACAAAGACACUUUGGAAUGAUGAUGUGAAAAAUAUCGCAAUCUAUUUUUCCGCUAAAUGGUAUUCACCUGCUCAGGAAUUUACUUCCAAAUUGGCUCAAUUGUAUGAAGAAGUGCAAACAAGUGAUCAUCCAUUUCGAAUAAUAUUUGUGUCAAGUGAUGAAAAUGAAAGUUCUUUCGAUGAAUUUCGCGCUGACAUGCCCUGGCCUGCUGUUCCUUUUAACAAGGGCGCUAUAUUAAAACAGUAUUUUCAAUGCGGUGUUCAUACACUUAUUGUCCUUUCAUCGGAAGGAAAAAUUGUGACACGUCGUGGUCGUAAUUAUGUCUCGAGCAGAGGAAUCGAGGCUUUGAAAACUUGGGCCAAAGGUGAACGUUUGUCUCCUUUAACCGAAGAUGAAUUUGAAUGGGCGGGUUUUUAUUGCGAUGGAUGCGAGACGGCUCCAAUGAUCGGUAAACGUUAUCAUUGUUCAACAUGUGGAAAUUAUGAUCUUUGUUCGGUUUGUGAAAAGAAAGGACAUGAACAUCCACUCGAACUUGUUCCAAUACCAAAUGAUGAGUGA